GUGAGCAGGCACGCUGGCGUGAUGCUGAGCAACUGCGCCGUCAACUUUCAUCUUACACAGAGUAAAAGGGGGACACUUUCACCAGAAACCCCGGCGCUGCUCACCAUGAUCUGACCAUCCCUCUGUCUGCUGAGAUUUUUAUUUUUUUUGCCAAAAAAAGAACCAUUUGUUCCUUUCUUUAUAAUACAUACAAAAAAAUUUUCAGAAGUUCUGGUUGAAUCAACACAGAUCUUGAGGAGUGAGGUAACAUCAGAAUGCAGCGUGUCACGCUGCUGUUUGGCUUCUUGGUUGCUAGUGUGCCUCUUACCCAAGGCGUGACAGGAUCAGGAGGCAGUGAAUGUUCAUGUGGCAGGAAUCAUUUCACUUGUGCAGUGAGUGCCUUUGGUGAAUGUACCUGUAUACCUGCCCAAUGGCAAUGUGAUGGGGACAAUGACUGUGGUGACCAUAGUGAUGAAGAUGGCUGCAUGCUACCGACUUGCUCCCCUUUGGAAUUCCAUUGUGACAAUGGCAAAUGCAUUCGGCGUUCCUGGGUCUGUGAUGGUGACAAUGACUGCGGGGAUGAUUCCGAUGAGCAGGAUUGUCCACCUCGAGAGUGUGAGGAAGAUGAAUUUCACUGCCAGAAUGGUUACUGCAUACGCAGUCUGUGGCAUUGUGAUGGGGACAAUGACUGUGGAGACAACAGUGAUGAACAGUGCGACAUGAGAAAAUGUUCUGACAAAGAAUUUCGCUGCAAUGAUGGCAGUUGCAUUGCAGAACAUUGGUAUUGUGAUGGAGACACAGAUUGCAAAGAUGGUUCAGAUGAAGAAGGUUGUCCUGCUGAUGUUCCUGUUACCAACUGCAGUGUCGAGGAGUUUCAAUGUGCUUAUGGUCGUUGUAUUCUUGAUAUAUACCAUUGUGAUGGCGAUGAUGACUGUGGAGACUGGUCUGAUGAGUCAGACUGUGCAUCCCAUCACCCAUGUCGAUUGGGUGAGUUUCUCUGUAACAGUGGGCUCUGCAUUAAUGCUGGCUGGAGAUGUGACGGUGACUUUGACUGCGAUGAUCAGUCGGAUGAGAAGAAUUGCACUGCCUCGCAAUGUACCACAGACCAGUUCCGCUGCAAGUCAGGCCGUUGCAUCCGGUUGUCGUGGCGAUGUGAUGGCGAGGACGAUUGCUCUGACAACAGCGAUGAGGAAGACUGUGAGAAAACAGAACUCCCACACUGUGCUCCAGAUCAAUUCACAUGUGGCACUGGGCGCUGCAUUGGGCAACGGAAAGUGUGCAAUGGUGCCAAGGAUUGUCAGGAUGGCAGUGAUGAGAUCCCACACCAGAAUUGCCGUGAACCUUCUGAGGAGGAAAGCUGCAACGUAGACAAUGGUGGCUGUGCACACAAGUGUCAGCAGGUUCGAGGUAUUGUACAGUGCACGUGCCACACAGGCUAUCGACUAAUGGAGAAUGGAAAGUUGUGCCAAGACAUUAAUGAGUGUGCGGAGGAUGGAUACUGCAGCCAAGGCUGUACCAAUUUGGAGGGAGGAUUCCAGUGCUGGUGUGUACAGGGUUAUGAGCUACGGCCCGACAAGCGCGGCUGCAAAGCACUCGGGCCGGAACCAGUGCUGCUGUUUGCAAAUCGCAUUGAUAUUCGCCAGGUGCUUCCCCGGCGGUCAGAGUAUACUCUGCUGCUCAAUAACCUGGAGAAUGCCAUUGCCCUCGACUUCCACCACGACAAGGAGCUCGUAUUCUGGUCUGAUGUCACCCUGGACCGCAUAAUGAAAGCCAAUCUGAAUGGGAGUAACGUGGAGGAAGUGGUGUCAACAGGACUGGAGAGUCCAGGUGGGCUUGCCAUUGAUUGGAUUCACAACAAAUUAUACUGGACUGACUCUGGGACAUCACGUAUUGAAGUCUCAAAUCUUGAUGGAACACAGAGGAAAGUACUUUUGUGGCAAAACCUGGAGAAACCCAGAGCCAUUGCAUUACAUCCAAUGGAGGGAACUAUCUAUUGGACAGACUGGGGUAACACCCCCCGGAUAGAAUAUGCGGCCAUGGAUGGCUCUAACCGCAAAAUCAUCGCAGAUACUCAUCUCUUCUGGCCGAAUGGGCUCACCAUUGACUAUGCAGGACAAAAAAUGUACUGGGUAGAUGCCAAACAUCACGUGAUUGAGCGUGCGGACCUUGAUGGCCAGAACAGAAGAGCAGUGAUCAGCCAAGGCCUCCCUCAUCCCUUUGCCAUCACGGUGUUUGAAGACAGCCUGUACUGGACAGACUGGCACACCAAAAGCAUAAACAGCGCCAACAAGUUUACCGGGAAAAACCAGGAGAUUAUUCGCAAUAAGCUGCAUUUCCCAAUGGAUAUCCAUACACUCCAUCCACAGAGACAGCCAGCAGCAGGGAGAAAUCGCUGUGGCACCAACAAUGGGGGGUGCAGCCACCUCUGCCUGCCCAGCACUGCCAACUACACCUGUGCCUGUCCAACUGGCUUCAAGAAAGUCGAUGACUACAACUGUGCUGGAAGUCUUGACAAGUUCCUGCUUUUUGCUCGAAGGACGGACAUCCGUCGCAUCAGCUUUGACACUGAGGACAAGUCUGACGAUGUCAUUCCACUGGCUGAUGUGCGCAGUGCUGUUGCCCUUGACUGGGAUGCCAAAGGGGAAUACAUUUAUUGGACAGAUGUCACUACCGACUCUAUCAACAGGGCUAAAUGGGAUGGAACAAAGCAAGAGGCUAUUGCUGUCACCAGCCUGGAAAGUCCUGCAGGACUGGCUGUUGACUGGGUGACAAACAAGCUUUACUGGACAGAUGCAGGUACUGACAGAAUCGAGGCCUCAAACUUAGAUGGGAGCAUGCGUACAGUCCUUAUCUGGGAGAACCUGGAUAGGCCCAGGGAUAUUGUGGUGGAUCCGAUUGGAGGGUACAUGUACUGGACAGAUUGGGGAGCCAAUCCUAAAAUUGAGCGUGCAGGGCUGGAUGCCUCUGAGCGAACUGUCAUCAUCUCCUCCAAUCUCACUUGGCCAAAUGGCUUGGCUGUGGACUAUGAGACUGAGAGGCUGUAUUGGGCUGACGCAGGCAUGAAGACAAUUGAGUACGCCAACCUGAACGGCACUCAUAGGAGGGUCCUGAUUGGCAGUCAGUUACCUCAUCCUUUUGGCUUGACUCUACAUGAAGAUAAGAUUUACUGGACCGAUUGGCAAUCAAAGAGUAUUCAGAGUGCAGAUAAAAACAGUGGCCUGGGAAGAAUGGUGCUGCGAGAGAAUCUGGAAAAUCUAAUGGAUAUUCACAUGUUCCAUCGCCAUCGGACACCAGUGGCAUCCAUGUGUAAAAUAGACAAUGGUGGCUGCAGUCACCUCUGCCUUCUCGCUCCAUUGCCCAAGGCGUACCACUGUGGGUGCCCCACAGGCAUAAACCUCCUCGCAGAUGGCAAAACCUGUGCACCAGGUAUGACCAGUUUCCUCAUAUUUGCACGGAGAACAGAUAUCCGGAUGGUGUCCCUCGAUAUUCCUUACUUUGCUGAUGUGGUGGUGCCUGUCAAUGGAUCAAUGAAAAAUACAAUUGCAAUUGGUGUUGAUCCUAAAGAAGGGAAGGUGUAUUGGUCAGACAGCACGCUCAAUAAAAUCAGCAGAGCCGAUCUGAAUGGAUCCCAACAGGAAGACAUUGUAACAACAGGGUUAAUGACUACCGAUGGACUAGCAGUGGAUAUCACAGGCCGUAAAAUAUAUUGGACAGAUACAGGGACAAACCGCAUUGAAGUUGCUAAUUUGGACGGAACAAUGAGGAAGGUUCUGAUCUGGCAGAACUUGGACAGUCCAAGAGCCAUUGCUCUUCAUCAUGAGAAAGGGUUCAUGUACUGGACAGACUGGGGCGAACAUGCCAAGUUGGAGCGUGCUGCAAUGGAUGGAUCAGACAGAGUGGUUCUUAUUAACAGUAACCUGGGAUGGCCGAAUGGUUUAGUGAUUGACAAAGAGGGCUCCCGUCUCCUGUGGGCAGAUGCGCACACUGAGCGUAUUGAGGCAGCAGAUCUGAAUGGUGUGAACCGCCGUACCCUGGUCACACCUGUCCAGCACCCUUAUGGUUUGACUCUGCUUGAUUCUCACAUUUACUGGACAGACUGGCAAACACGAAGCAUCCAGCGAGCAGACAAGAACACAGGCAAUGACAUCAUUACAGUGCGAGGCAACUUGCCUGGGCUCAUGGACAUUCAAGCUAUUGACCGAGCUCGACCUGUCGGAUUUAACAAGUGUAGUGUCAGGAAUGGGGGCUGCAGCCACCUCUGUCUCCCACGCCCUGGUGGUAUCACGUGUGCAUGCCCAACAGGAAUCCAGAUGAAAAAUGAUGGGAGAACCUGUGACAAUGCUCCCGAGACGUAUCUGCUCUUCUCUAGUCGUGGCAGUAUUCGCAGAAUUUCUUUGGACACAACUGAUUAUACAGACGUGCAUGUUCCAGUUCCUGAGUUGCACAAUGUUAUUUCCCUGGAUUAUGACAGUGUGGAGAUGAAGGUUUAUUAUACAGAUGUCUUCCUGGAUGUGAUCAGAAGUGCCAAUCUAAAUGGCAGUGGCAUGAUGACAGUCAUUGGCCAGGGUUUAAAAACGACUGAUGGUUUGGCCAUUGACUGGGUAGCAAGGAACCUGUACUGGACAGACACCGGCAGGAACACCAUUGAAGUGUCCUGGCUUGAUGGAAGCUGCCGGAAAGUAUUAAUCAACAACAGCCUGGAUGAACCAAGGGCAAUUGCUGUAUUCCCUAGGAAAGGGUAUCUGUUCUGGACAGACUGGGGAAAUCUUGCCAAAAUUGAGCGUGCGCAGUUGGAUGGCACAGAUCGGAAAGUCCUCAUUAAUACAGAUUUGGGUUGGCCAAAUGGGCUGACCUUGGAUUAUGACUCAAGAAGGAUUUACUGGGUGGAUGCUCACUUAGACCGAAUAGAGAGUUGUGAUUUGAAUGGAAAACUGCGCCAAGUUCUGGUUGGCCAAGUUAUACAUCCUUUUGCCCUAACUCAGCAUGAUCGCUGGAUUUACUGGACAGACUGGCAAACCAAAUCAGUCCAGCGUGUGGACAAAUAUACAGGUCGGAACAAGGAAACCAUCCUCGCUAAUGUGGAGGGACUGAUGGACAUCAUCGUGGUCUCCCCACAAAGACAAACAGGUACCAACUCAUGUGGUGUGAAUAAUGGAGGAUGCACACAUCUUUGCUUUGCCAGGGCAACAGACUUUGUGUGUGACUGUCCAGAUGAACCAGAUGGACGACUGUGCUCUGUAGUUCCUGGAUAUGUGCCUCCGUUUCCAGAAACCACCCGCUCCAGUGAGAAAGCCGAUGCUGGAGAUUCCCGCAGGAACUUUGACUUUUUCCCUGCAAAACCAACGGAUCCUGUUGAGAAUACAAGUGAGAACUGUUCUCAGAAAGAUGCAAGUCAGGGUCUGUGCGAGGAGAGUGUAAACCAAGUGUUGCCAGCGAUAAAUGGUGAAGGACUGCACAUAAGUUACAUCAUUGGAGCAGUCUUGUCAAUAUUGGCCAUAUUGAUUCUCAUCGCUGCAGUCAUCAUAUACAGGCAUAAGAAGUCAAAGUUUAAUGAUCCGGUUGUGAGUAACCUAACCUACAGCAACCCGUCAUACCGUACAUCUACACAGGAAGUGAAAAUUGAAACUGUGCAGAAACCAGCAAUAUAUAAUCAGCUCCGAUAUAAAAAAGAGACUGCUUCAGAUAAUAGUUACUCAAAAGGAAAGAUAAAAAUUGUUGAAGGCAUCUGUUUGCUGUCAAAUGAUGACAUGUAUUGGGAUGACUUGAAACAGAUUAAGACCACACGAGGAGGAAUUCUUCGAGAUCACGUUUGUAUGAAGGCAGAAACACUGUCUAUCCAGGGCAGCACAGACUCACUUGGUGACACAGAGACAGAACAGCUGCUACAGGAUGAACCACUGUCUGAGUGCAGCAGUGUAAACACAAGCUCACAGGAAAGAAGUGGUCUCCCCUUACCCGACACUGGCUGGAAGCACAAUCGUAAGCCCUCAACUGAAAGUGAGGUCUGAUCAGAAAUAGAUUCUUCUUUCUUUCCCCUGUGUUCUAUUUAAAAUAUGUUUCUAUGACAACCUCAGACAGUGACUGAGCAUGCUCCAGACAGUGUGAGGAUGCAGACUCUUUUGUUUAAAAAAACACAACUCAACUGAGAACUAAGUGGCACUACAAGCUGUCACAUCUGGAAAACAACACAUUACACAAGACUGGAUUAAAGCCAAGGGAUCAUGCUCUCUUUUAGUAUUUCCAAAAUGUCUGAUGCAUAUGUUAAUCAAUUUCUUUCUCAAAUUUACUUAAAAUAUGUGUCUGGUUAAAGCAUGAAUGUACAGAUGGUUAUCUGUCGCAUGUGGUGGCCUACUUUUCUACUGUAGAGGAUUCUGCUAUUAAAAUGGAUGUAAUUCUGUAAGUGGAGCAAAGUAAACUUCUUUCACACUGUCUGCAGGCCUCACAUUUCUGGGUCUUUGUGGGACAGUAUGAAAAUCCUUGUUGUCUCAGGUAAGACUUCUGUACAGUAGGGAGAAUAUCGGAAAGAAAUAUUUAAUUAACCCUUUCAUCUUCAUUUUGACAUUCAGUCACAACUGAAGUUAUAAAUGUGACACAAAAUCUCUCCUAUCCUGCUCCUUUGAAUGGAGGAUACAGGAAUUGGCAAACAAUUGCACAGAAAAAGCUGCAUUUGCCCUCUAAGUAUCUGUCUAAGCACUGAUUUGCAAUUAAGACUCUCAUUUUGUACUUAGUUGAAGUUGCUGCCAUUAAUGAUUAUUAACUCUACUAACUCAUAAGCUAUCAAGACCUAUUCCUGCUUGUAACCACUAUGAACAUUUCAAUGAAAUGUAUACAUAUUAGGCAUGAGCAAACUAGUAACAUUAAAUGGUUUAUAAAUGUAGUACAGAUCACCUAUUAAACAGGCUGCAGAUGUAGGCCAGAAUUUAACUGUUUCUAUCACACCUGGAUAUCUCAGUGCUAUUUUGUGUUAUUAAAUGGCAACACAGAGCAAUUUGAACAGGAGUGAAAUUAUUAAUGAGAAGCAGACCAGAAUAUUAUAAAUAACUGAUGUGAGGAAGAGAGGUUACUACUUUGAAUUUAUAAUAAAUUUGAGUGACAAAAACUCUAAAGUGCAUUGGCGGAGAAAGCCAAACCACUUUUUAAACUUGCAACUAAAGUUCAAGUAUCAAACAAAUACAACAAUAUUUAGUUAUUUUUCAGUUACUUAAAGGAAUACAAGCAACUAAAUGAAGUACUUCAAAUAUAAAGUAGUCCCCAUAUAAGGUUUUUAAUUUAAGCAUAAAAGUCUGAUAGGAGUCGUCAUUAGCUUAAUGCUUCAUUCCUCUCCCGUGAAGCAUAUCAACUCUCCUCCUUACUUAAAACCACUUUAUUAUUAUGUCUAUUCUGAAUUUUCCUUUACUUGCAUGGAAUUCAGUAGCUCCUUAAUAUUCAGAAGUCCCUGAGUAUACAAUAUCAUGUAUAUAAAUAAAGACUUCAGAGGAAGUGAAAUAGUCCACUAAAUUAAAACUAUUUCACAAGGUGGGAGAUAUGUUCUGUAAUUGUUUUAUAACAACAGUGGCAUACUCUCUCACUGGAAAUAUUCCCUGUAAUCUUUGCUUUAAGUCUAGGGCACAGUGCUGUUAAUUACUGUAAAGAGAGACUUUUUGGCACUUUCAGCAUAGUAGACAGAUGAUCAUUUAUAUAACAGCAUAAGAUUAGAAGGUAAACUUUCACUGACAUUAACUGAACUUUGCGAGCAGCAGUGAAAGACAAUAAUGCUGAGUUUAUGGAUUAUUGGAAGCACCUAUAUACCAUUGAGCAUUUUGCUUCUUUGCCCAGUUGUCUUGCCUUGUCGAGAAACAUGUUGCAAAUUAUUGUUACUUUGAACAAGAAAGUGGAAAACAUUUUUUGCUGCCUUGAAUUUCCAGCACCCACAAAUUCAGUAUCAUUCCCCAUUUAAUCGCAUAUGUAGGUUAUUUUAUUCAUAUCCCAAACUAAAGUCAGCUUUCACAAUCAAAAACAUAUAGUAACCGUUGUAAAUGUUUUGUGAUGCUGGCAAUAUCAUCUGGAUAAUAAUUACUUUUUUUAAUCUUGUCGCACUCAUGCUCCAUAAAUUGAAAGGGUGGCAGUCUCCAUUUACUUUAAAUUUCAUCAAUAUCACAUCAGCUCUCAGUUUUUCCACUUAAUUCCUACCCUGCUUUUCUGAGGGCCACAGUUGGCUAUUAUUUGAUAUUCCACAACAUUUUCAUCUCUAUUCCACUAACAUUGUUACAUUGUCUUUGUAACAAAUACUGAAAGGUCAACUGCUUCAUUAGUAUGCUGUUUGUAUGCUUAUUUUGAUUGCUGCUUUUACAGUAUUGCUUACUAUCAAAUGAGGAAAGAAAAUUGAAGCAUGGUCACUAUGAGUAACUAAUCUGAUUGAUAACUAAAUUACUGCUAGAUUUAUAGUUUCCACUGUUGUGAUGGAACAAUUAGUUGUUGACGAAAACCUUGCUUGUUUUCUUUCCUUCCUAAUUUUAAUUCAGUCAGUUUAUGCCAACAAGUGGUCAAUGCUGGAAAUAGAGCCAAGACUUGAGGGUGUUUUUGUUGCAAUCAUAUGGCUUGGCUUAUUUGCUUAGAAAUGCAUUUCUCUGACCAAAUGUCUAAUUUUUAACCUUUUGAGUGCCUGGCGCUUAAACCUCAAAUUGUGCUAUUUUAUCUCGACCACAAGUUUGGGCUACUGUUCUUAAUAUGCAUUUAAACUUGCAUUUUUGAAAUAUAAUAACUGGAUUGUUAAUCAAGUAAAGCAACUUUCUAUGUAAUUAUGGAAAAAAAUUUAAAUAUGUAAAUAUGUGAUAAAGAUCCAGAUUUGUAAAAAAGUCAUAAAUUGUGAUGCACCUGAAAAUGGAUUUAGACUUUAUUCAUGGUUAACUAAUGAAGAAUGACACAAGAAGUUGUCAGAUUCUUUUUAUCAUUACCAAUGACCAGAAUACCAGUACAAUGAAUAUAAUGAAUUUUGUGAGGAAAUAUUGCACCAGGCCUUUUUAACCCUUUGAGCACUAUGUAAUCAUUUUAUAGUCUUUCGAUAUGGGAAAUUGUUUUUAAGCCUAAAAUUCUUUGCUGAUACUUUCUUUGAUAUUUUUUACAUUGUAUAUCACCAACUUCUUUUAUAGUAUUCAAUUUUAGCUUUGACUCAAAAUUGUUAAACAAUAACAUAACUUAUGUUGUGUAGUGUACAGUUUACUCUUAAUCUACAUUACACAUUAUUUGAUUCUAUUUUUUGCCUUAAGCUCCCACUUUGCUGUGUUAUUUACAGUGCUUAAUUCAAGUUGUUUUCACGAAUUGUUUAAUGCGAAAAUUACUUUAAAUUAUCGUGAGUAAACUGUAUGAGGGAAUUUCAGUACUCAGUGGGUUAAAAUACUCAGGUAGUAAACUAAUUGUGGCAAUAAUUGAUAAAUUAGUCAGUUUAGGAUAAUGAAUGGCACAAUCCUACAUAAUUAAUUGAUUAUAAUAUAUAGAUUCUUGAUUUUAAAAGAUAACCGCCAACUUCAUGGUCCAUAUUACCUAGCAUUUCAAUUAAGCACAGCAUUAUUUUCUUUUUGGAGAAAACUAGGUACUUCCAUUGCACUCACAGGAAUAUCUUGUAUUCUACUUUGUCAAAUUAGAAAAUAUUAUAAAAACAUAAAGGAUUUUAAAUGGUUUUGAAUAUUACAUUUCAUCUAAUAGAAGGUAAAGCAGAGUAAGUAGACUGAAGCAUACAUACUGCAUUUGGACAUCAGUCGUGCAUUUGUCUUCCAAUUGCAUUAUAAUAUAUUAUUAUUGAGAGGCUGGAUAACUAAUUUGGGUCUUUGUAAUUAUCCCAAAUUAAACUCUGUAAUAUUUAAGACAGUCUUGCAAUUGCUAACUUUGCUCAGUUAGAAAAUGUUUACAGAACAAUUGUUUAGUGUGAACUAUAUAUCUGUGUGUAUAUAAAAUGAAUUGAUUAUUAAAAUUGAAUGUUUUCUAAA